AUGGGGAUGAUUUGUUGCCAUGCACUAAAGGUGAUGAUAGUGUUGGGAUUGAAUGAGAUACCACGGAAGCACAUACUGAAAAGAUGGACAGUAGAUGUGCGUGAUAUCCUUCCAGAUCAUCUGAAGCACUAUCAAAAAGAUGUAGGCCUACCUGAUUGCACCACUUUCAGGCACAAUGCUAUGUACAUCUCGGCCCUGGAAUUGGUUAUGAUGGGUGAUAGCAAUCCAGAGGCUUUUGAUUAUGUCAUGAGCGGGCUGGCAGAAUUGAAGAAGGGAGCUUUGCCACUAAGUAAUCUAAAAGAUGGAAUGAGUCUAAUUGAUAAAAAGAAGGCAUGCAAGUCUUCUUCUAUUGGUAAAUCUGGUGGUUGGAAGGGUAGUCAGAAGCAAUAUAUUGAUGAUGAAGCUGCGUCAAGUGCUGGGAAAAUUGAAUGGAGAAAUGCAAAAGCAAGAACGAUAGGAGGGGAUGGGAAAUCAUCAGUCGAUGCUAAUGGGACCAUUCAAGCGAAUUCGGCAUCGUCAACUGUACAGGGGGAUGACCGAAGCACGGCUGAUUCAAAUAUUGUUGUAACUUCAAGAUCCAUGGAUACAGAAAGUGACAUGUCCCUGUUACCCCCUAAGAAGAAACCUAGGAUGAGAGGUCAUCCGACAACUGCAAGAGACAAGCCGAAUUACGAAAUAAAUGACAGGCGAUCGAGGUUUUGCACAAUUUGCCGUGGGAAGGGGCACAAGAGAACUACAUGCCCUCAAAUGGGCAACGAACCGCAGAAGCCGAGGAAGAUUCCGACAUGUACAAAUUGUGGCAUAGCCGGUCAUCGUAGGAAUACUUGUUCAAAAGUUUUGUACUCUACAUUCGAUGGGGUACCCUCUGUAGGAUGUAUCUGA